CAGAUGCGGAAGCUCGAGUGAUUCUCACAGAAGCGGUGUUCCUGUUGUUGUGUAGCCUACACAUGCUGCGGGGCAAAUCAACAUCAUAUGGUCCUGGGUUCCUUGAUAUUCUCCCGACUUAUAGCUUGGUUAGAGGCUCGCGUUUGUAGCCCCAAAAUGCUUUGUGCGUCAGCAGCAGACAGAAAUAAAGAGCCCAUUUUAGCGGUCCUCAGGGAGUGCGUGGAGACCAGUCGUCCGCUCAAAGCGUUGGAGAUCUCGUCAGGUUCAGGUCAACAUGUUGUGCAUUUCGCCCAAGCGUUUAGAAAUGUUACAUGGCAGCCCUCCGACAUUGAUGAGCAGUCUGUUGCCAGUGUACAGGCUUACAGAAACCAAAUGAAGCUCGACAAUGUAAAGCCACCCAUUCAGCUGGAUGCUUCUCAGUCAUGGGAGAACUGGGGAGGCUUUGAGCCGGAGUCCUUGGAUGUAGUGGUCAACAUCAACAUGAUACACAUAUCGCCUCUUGCCUGCACAAAAGGCUUGUUUAAAGGGGCAGGAACAAUCUUGAAACCUCAAGGACUGCUGUUCACGUAUGGGCCCUACUCGGUGAAUGGAGUCAUCACACCACAAAGCAAUGUUGACUUUGAUUUCAGCUUGAGACAGAGGAAUCCGGAGUGGGGUCUGAGAGACGUGUCUUUUCUCAACGCCUUGGCAGAAGAAAACGGGCUGUUUCUUCAGAAGAUGGUGGAUAUGCCAGCAAAUAACAAGUGCCUCCUGUUUCGCAAGGAAAGCCGAGUAUAGUUCAGUAUUUUUGACAACAGUUUUAAAUUCACAAGACACUUUGUAAAUAAGUCUGCCAAACUGAAUAAAAUUCCUCUCAAUA